AAAAUGGAUAAUGAAGAAGAAGAAGAAAAAAUUUGGGUUGGAAAUUAUGUGCCUGUCGAAAAAUAUUUACCUGAAUUUAAUUCUAUACUUUUGGUUCCACCAAAUAUAAACGUUUUUAAAGGAGCCCAAUUAUUUUAUGAUAAAGAUCAGGAUAUUUUUGUACCAAAAGCUGGUGUUCAACAACAAAAUUUAGACGAUGAUUAUGAAAAUCUUGUUCAUUCUUGUGAAAAAUCUUCAUCAAGUGAAUCAUCAAUAAUUUCAGAAAAAGGAGGUUCUUUGCCUUGUGAUGAUAAUUCUAUGGGAGAUUUCUGUAAUGACAAUGAUAAUGAUUUUGGUUAA